GACGAAUAAACCGCGAUGCCUGCCACCUGUGCUCUUGAAAUGAUACACACCAUGUCAUUGAUCCACGACGACCUCCCUUGCAUGGACAACGACGAUUUUCGCCGAGGAAAACCCACUAACCACAAGGUUUACGGCGAAGACAUGGCGGUUCUUGCCGGAGACUUGYUCCUAGCGCUCGCUUUCCAACAUGUCUCCAGCGUCACCGUCCGCRUGUCGCCUGCACRCGUCCUGGCUGCCGUCGCCGAACUCGCCAAGUCUACCGGGAUGGAAGGGUUAGUCGCGGGUCAAAUGCUGGACAUAGCUUUAACAGGGGCGAAGGACGUCGGAAAGGACCAGCUUGAAUUCAUCCACCAACACAAGGCGGGGGCGCUUUUGGAGGCAGCCAUCGUAGUAGGGGCGAUAUUGGGCGGAGGGAACAAGACCCAGGUGGAAAAGCUUCGGAAAUUCGCAAGAUGUAUUGGACUAUUGUUGCAGGUAGUGGAUGAUAUAUUAGACGUCACCAAAGAUUCGGUGUUAGACAAGAUGACAUAUCCGAAACUGAUGGGAAUGGAGAAAUUCCGGCAGUAUGCGGAGGAGUUGUUGGCAGAGGCUAARCAGCAGUUAGAGGGUUUUGAAUCAUACAAGGCAGUGGUGCCGCUAGUAGCCCUGGCGGAGUAUAUAGCUUACCUGCAGAACUGAAACCAAGCUAUUUUAUUUUCAAUGGGUUCGAGUCUUCUCCUUCGAUGUUGUAAGAUUGGUUU